GGGAUGUGUGUUUUACACCUCAGGAAUGGCGAGCUAGAAAAUCGGUCUGCGGACGCGCAUAUCUCUCACCCGUUAGCAGUCUUGGAGUACCCGCCGUAAUUCUGCGCGCUAGGCAAGCCACACAAGAACGAAGUUGGAGAAGUGAGCUGAAGCUCGACCUUGGACUGACUUGAGGCGCCAUCAUCUAACUCGAGUUCCAGCGCGGACCGACUGUGUGGAAGCUAAGCUGGCACUUCCUGGGGUGUAAGGGACUGAGCUCCUGUCAGUAUGGACGCACAACCGCAAGGCCAGCAGCCACCAAUACCAGUGUUUCAACCACAGAAGCAACUACAGCCUGAAGCCCCUACAGCACCUACGGACAUGGGCUACAACACCUUAUCCAAUUUUCACAUUGAGAAGAAGAUUGGAAGAGGACAGUUUAGUGAGGUCUAUCGGGCCACGUACUUGAUAGACAACACUCCGGUAGCAUUGAAAAAAGUACAGAUAUUCGAUUUGAUGGAUGCCAAAGCUCGGCAAGAUUGCAUCAAAGAGAUAGAUCUCCUGAAGCAAUUGAACCACCCCAACGUAAUUAAAUAUCACGCAUCAUUCAUUGAAGACAAUGAGCUAAAUAUAGUACUGGAACUUGCAGACGCUGGGGACCUCUCACGUAUGAUAAAGCAUUUCAAGAAACAGAGGAGGCUGAUCCCUGAAAAGACUGUAUGGAAGUAUUUUGUUCAGCUCUGUAGUGCACUGGAGCACAUGCACUCCCGACGCGUCAUGCACAGAGACAUAAAACCAGCCAAUGUGUUCAUCACAGCCACUGGAGUGGUGAAACUGGGUGACCUGGGUUUGGGACGUUUCUUCAGCUCCAAAACCACUGCUGCACACUCUCUAGUGGGCACCCCUUAUUACAUGUCUCCCGAGAGGAUACACGAAAACGGAUAUAACUUCAAAUCUGACAUCUGGUCGCUAGGCUGUCUGCUCUACGAGAUGGCUGCUCUCCAGAGUCCGUUUUAUGGGGACAAGAUGAACCUGUACUCUCUGUGUAAAAAGAUCGAGCAGUGUGACUACCCUCCCCUCCCGUCUGAUCACUACUCGGAAGAGCUAAGAAAGCUGGUAGAUAUGUGCAUCAACCCGGACCCAGAGAAGCGGCCCGACAUCACCUACGUGUACGACAUCGCCAAACACAUGCACGCUCUGACGCUCGCGAACUGAGUCCAUCACCCAGCCUCUUCGUCUGCUUCUCCACUGUACGGCCCACUUUCCGGAUGACGUUUUGCCAGCUGUUUUGCAAAAGUCAUGUAAACUGCUCCUUUGUUCCAUCACAUAGUAAUGUUACCAUCAAGUAAGGGUGAGAUUGCCUUAAAAAGCUUCUUGGUUUUCAGGAGCUAUGAAACCAAAGUUGUCAAUAAAUACACAGAAGCUGUCCCUGACAGUUCCACUUCCAUAUAGUUAUAAAGUAAUGCUGAAGAUGAGUCACAGUAUGUGUAUGUUAAAGUACACGUGCACACAGGUACAAUUACUACAUAUUGAAUAACAGAAACGUAUGCAUAGAAGUGCAUAGAAGAAAUGGUUUGAACAGCCUUCUUUUAAAAUAGCGUGCCUAAACACAGAAGAAAACCACAGCCUUAAAGCAUCUUGCUGUUAUGCACUUUUGGAUAUUGGUACAGCUGAUGCAACACCCUGAUCAUUGAAUGUAAAUUUACCUCACAGAGGAGGCUUUUUUAUUUCUUAUUUGAAAAGAAAUUGUCGGUGAGAGAUGCUUUGCAUGGUCCCAUGACACUCCUUCCAAAACCAUCUCACAACAAGUUUUAUAAAAAGCUCCCUUGGUCUCUAUAAAAGUCAACUGAAAUUCCCCUAAAAAGCUUCCCCAUUUGAAUAGCUAGAGGUUUCUGGUUCUAUUAAAAGAGAAUGAAGUCAUUGUGGUAUUUGUUGCAGGUUGCAUGGGCUUCAUAACUAACCCUGUGCCUUCAAAUGUGUUUAUCUGGCAUACUUAGAGAAAUAUUAUGUUUCUUACACAUACUUAAAGAAAAAGAGCUAGUACUUUAGAUGAUAUUUCCAAAGAGUUUUGUAAGUUCAGCCGCCUGGCUUUUUUUAUUGCGCCUGUGUGUUUUUCUCUUAUUGUGCGUUCAGUAUAGACUAUAGUGGCUAUCUUUUUAUUAACCCCCUCAAUUCCCAAAUCCCUGUUAUCACUUUGGCUAAAACAAGCCAUCCAUUACAGUUUUUAGGUUUGAACAGUAGCAGCGUUUACAGGUCCUUUCUGUUAACAACUAGAAGUAGUAAUGUCGGAUGUGAUUAUGGACCAGAACUGAUGAAGGAACACAAAUAAAAUGUAGUAUAUCAUGAACAGCUCGACAAUUUUAAAGCAAACAAUCAUAAUGCACAUCUGCUGUGUCGUAGUUGGUAUGUGAUUGGGUUCUUUCAAAUGAAUUUUAGACAUAAUGAAUUUUUUUCUUCACCCUGAAAGCCUUGCCAGCGUGGACCUUAACAGAAGAAAGCACAUCAAGUGCCUUUUCUCACCUAAACCAAAUAUGAGCAGUGUUCAGCACAUCAUAAGACGAAAUGUGUUUUCAUCUUUAUCAGUUUGGUAUCGAGUUGUUGGUGUUUUUUUUCUUGGGGGGAGGGGAGUGUUAAAGCUUGUUUACAAGCAAUAUAAGUCUUGAAAGAGAAGUUAUGCUCUGUAGGAGGUACAUUUUACAAAUCAGUUUUGAGAUGAAUUUUACAUCUUGGUUAGCAAUUACUUUGUCACGGUAUGUUUCUUCAAGAGCUUCUGUAGAAUUUUCCAUUUCAGUGACUCUUUGACCCGUUACAAACUCAACUCCUCCUACUGCUUGUUAAAAGUGCUUCGUGAAGUGGCUUGUGAUCCGUCACAGACUUGGAUAUAAAAUGACACAAGCAUCUGAGCUUGUACUUUACAGUUGUAACAGCUAUAUAGUGUACCACCCUCCUCAUAUAGUAAAAUAAUUGAUUUGCUGUGAUAGUAUCCGUGUACAAAUGGUAUUUGUUUUUAACAGAGUAGUUGAGAGCAUUUUAAGUGUUUACCUUUUAUUGUUAUAUUUAGCUUUAAUCAGUUUGUAACUUUUAUUUUUUUCCCUCAUAUUGUUAACACAGUAACAGAGUUGACUCCUGUUGCCUCCUAUAAACGUAUUUAUCUUGAUAUUAAACUCUGAGGCGGAGGGUCGGGGUGAGGAAUAGUCACACAGGGUGUGUGGUGAACGGCCGUGGUGUACGCGGUGCUCGUUAAAGAGGUCGGACAGACUGUAGGUUUUUUUUGUUUGUUUGUUUUUUUUUCCUAGUUCCAGUGCCUCUCCAGCGAGAUUCAUGGUGAUGUGUUUACAAACGAAGCCUCUGCAAAACUUGACAGAGAAUGUGCUGUGGAUCUGCUGUUGACUCUCCUCAGUGUCACAUCCGUAGCCGGGUCACGCUCACCAGUGUAAUGUUGUGGAACGCUGAGUGCAGAGAUACCAUUCAUACAAGUGGACGUAUAGAUACUCCUCUGUUAGACAACAAAGCCUGCUCUAUAAAUGUAACCUACAGCUGAACGUUUCACAGCGUGAAGCCCUGCUGAACGUCCCCCGGCCUUUACUUUUUGCUUACACCCAAAGCGUUUGGGGCGGGGGGAAGUAAAGACACCUGUUAUUUAUUUAUCUCCUGUUUUGUUCUGUUUUGUUUUCAAUGGAUCAAUUGAACAUUUACAUGUCUAACUUUCAAGAUGCACAUUAAUACUUUCUACGCUAACUGAAAAUAAAAUAAAAUUUGAAUUUCUUUUAUUGCA